AAUAACCUGAGGCUUGGGGGAUUAUAGUAACACGAUGGCAAGAGGGUAUAGGAGAGAUGAGGAAUCCAUAGGAUUGAGACUUGGCCCUGGCUCCACUUUUGAUCCAUGUCUGGAGGACUUUAUCAACACCUGCAAGUGACAGAUGCAAACUGCAUGCAACACUUGCAGUCUGGGCAACCAUAAACACCAUACACUACUAGUAAGUGAUGAUCUCAUUCUGUCAUUCAAUAGAUGCGCACAGAUGAGUUCCAUAUACAUUUUUUGCCUCUGUCUUAAAUGUGUCUUGUUUUUUUUGUUAUUACUGGCACAUUUCUUUAUUGCAACAGAUAUGAGAGACGUUAUGUUGGGACAGAUGACUGCAGGGGCCAGACUAGCAUAUUGUAUGAGACCUAUUAAUAGGCCUGGCUUACACCACAAUAUUCAGCUGUAACUGGACCCCGUAUGUCAACUCACGUCCUCUCGAGUGUCGCCACAGCCAGGGGCACUCUGGUUCUGUCCUCCCUUCCCAAUGUAGACAGACAGCCAGCCCACUGAUGUCUACAGACGAUCCAAGGCCUCUCGGGCCCUCAAACUUCAUGGAGUCUCCAGACACCAGAACCCGGGGAAGCAGGGAUAUUAAAAAGGGGGGAGUGAGGGAGGAAGAGGAGCGAGGAAGCCUAUACACACAGAAAGGCGCCACGGACGAGUCGGACGAGUCGGAUGGUUCGGAGCCCGAGCCCCUGGCCGUCAUCCGUAGGAAGGUGUCCUUUGCUGACGCCUUCGGUCUGGAUCUGGUGUACGUCAAGGAGUUUGACAGUACAGACCUGACGGGGGCAGAGGUCGCUGACCCCCCGGAGCCCGAGGUCAAAGUUAAAGAAUCGGACGAGUAUUUCCUGUCAUCUUUGUUUACCGUGCCCUCGUCUCCGGAGGAACUCGAACAGAGACUCCAGGAUCAGAAGCUGGAGCUGGAGAGCAUUGAGUUACUUCCUGGCACCACCGCGCUCAGGGGUAUUGUCAGGGUGGUGAACCUGUGCUACAAUAAAUCCCUUUAUAUCCGGAUCACUCUGGAUAGCUGGAAGACCAACUUUGACCUGCUGGCUGAGUACGUCCCGGGCUCCAGCGAUGGAACGACGGACAGGUUUGCGUUCAGGCUUACCCUCGUGCCGCCCUUCGAGAUGGAGGGAACCAGAGUGGAGUUCUGCCUCAGAUACGAGACAUCAGUGGGCACUUUUUGGGCAAACAACAGUGACAUGAACUAUGUGCUGUUCUGUCACAAAAAGGGAGGCAGAGAUCUGAUAGCGAUGGAGCCUCAGCUAGAGGAAGGGAAUAACUGGAGAGAGAAGAGAACCUGUCUGAAAGUCAACAGUAAGAUGAACAGUGCUGAGGAGAACCCCGUGGAGACCACUACAGACGCUCCAGAUUCAGCCACACACAGAGCAGAGGGGACUGGCAGGAAACAAGUGGAAAACGCAGAGCAUCUGCUCUCUAUUCUGCAUCAUGAGGAUUACCGUCACAAAAAUUUGGGGGGUAGUCAGAGGAGCAGACGAAGGAAGGCCUGUUCAGCACGAGUGCAGGAAUACUUUUCUCAGCGAGAGCAGGCGGCAAGCCGGGAACACAUUUCCAAUGGGCUACCACAUAACGAACUGGAGAAGCCACCUUCACUUCCAGACAUCAGAAUCAAACCCUUAGGGGACAGCGCCUCCAGUCUCCUACGAUCACGCCAGCAGAAACAAACCAAUGAUACCCCUCAAAUAAUGACAUACCACCAGAUACCCCUACUAUCCCUGGACUGGGGCAAAGAUAACGUGCGUGCGGGGACUCCAGAUGAGGAUGACUGCAUUAGAACAAGGACCACACCUCAGCUCACAUCAGACAAGUCAGAGGACAAUCUGGGAGAACAAACCUCUGUUUGUGAUCUGUGGGAAGCCUUUCUCAAUGGCACAGACUCCAAAGAUACUACCAGUGUGCCAGAGUCUGAAUGGCUACAGUCGGCAACUUCAGUUUGCCCCUCAAUCGAAACUGAGGAUUUUGAGGCUUCCUCAAAAGUCGUCGACCAACAGGAGGAUGACUUGGACUCAAAUGCACAAAGAUACACCCACUGCACGGUAGAUGAAUUGCCGUUGUGGGCUCACAAUCAUGUGAUGCCUGUGGUCAGUGUCGAGGAGCCACUGUCAAGCUCGGGUGUCACCUUCCCCAGAAACGACAAAGCGUUAGUUUAUAAUCCUUCCCAAAGGUCAGAGGCUAUCCUUGUAACAGACACUCUACAGGAAUCCAUUCCCUCGGGUGCCGCAAGGGUGGCCGGGGGGUCUGUUGACAGCACGGCUCAGUGCCACAAGCAUGUGGAGGCGGGGGGAGGAAGAGGAGAGGAGCCUUUCACACCAUACAGAGCAGAGCCGGUAACAAGCUCGGGGGAGACCGAGACAACAGAUAUGACAGCAAUGGCGGAAUCUCAGAAUGCCAAUGCAGUAGAUAGAAUCUGGCAGGGAGAAAGGCAAGACAAGACGCUUUCUUCCGACGUGGAAGCAGAGGUUAAAGGCAACGUGCACAAAGCACCUGAUGAAACUGUGACAUUUAGGGAGACAGUCGGAGAGAGGACAGAGGAUAAAACAAACACACAGAGCUAUGGAGUGGAGGAGGGAUUCACACAGGCCUACAAAGAGGAUGAGCUUUUCAAGCCGAACCAACCAGAGGAAGAAGAAUUCACACAAGACCUCACAGAAGAAGCGUUGCAUAGACAGAGUCCAGCAGUGGAAUAUGAAUUCCAUAGAGACAAAAUCUAUUUAGAACUGAACCUAACAGAGUUGGAAGAAUUCAGGCCGAGUCAAACAUAUGAAGAAGAAUUCAGGCCGAGUCAAACGUAUGAAGAAGAAUUCAGGCCGAGUCAAACGUGUGAAGAAGAAUUCAGGCCGAGUCAAACAUAUGAAGAAGAAUUCAGGCCGAGUCAAACGUAUGAAGAAGAAUUCAGGCCGAGUCAAACGUAUGAAGAAGAAUUCAGGCCGAGUCAAACAUAUGAAGAAGAAUUCAGGCCGAGUCGAACGUGUGAAGAAGAAUUCAGGCCGAGUCAAACAUAUGAAGAAGAAUUCAGGCCGAGUCAAACGUAUGAAGAAGAAUUCAGGCCGAGUCAAACAUAUGAAGAAGAAUUCAGGCCGAGUCGAACGUAUGAAGAAGAAUUCAGGCUCAAUCAAACAGGAAAAAAAGAAUUCAGGCUGAAACAAACACACGAAGAGGAACUCAGACCAAACAAAUCAGACGCAGUUGAAAUCAGACCAUUUAAUACAGUGGAAGAUGAAUUAAAACCAAAUCAAUCAGAGGCAGAGAAAUUCCGAUCAAAUCAAGAAGACGACGAAGAAUCUAGACCGAACCAAACACUCGAUGGUGAAUUCAGCUGGAACCAAACUGAGGUAGAGGAAUUAAGACCAAACAAAAUUGAGAUGGAAGAGGGAUUCUCACCAAGCCAUCAAGAUGAAGAAGAUGACAGACCGAGCCAUACAGACAAAGAAUUGCGCCUGAGUCAUGAAGAUGAAGAGCUAGACAGAGAGAGCCGGACAUUUGCCGAAAAAUUUAGACCGAACCAAACACCCAAUGAAGUAUUCAGAUCAAACGAAUUAGAGGAAUUCAGACAGUUUGAUGAAGAACAGAGAGACAGAGAGAACCUAGAAGAGGUUGAGGAAUUCAGAUCCAACCAAACACACGAAGAGGGAUUCUGGUCAAAUAUAAUACAAGAAGAAGAUAUCUAUCAGAGCGUAAAUGAAGAAGAGCUAUACAGAGACAUAGAUAUGGAUGAAAAUUCAUCAACGCACAACCUAACAGAGCCCAAAGUGUUCAGGGAAAAGAACGCAGGAGAAGUGGAAAAGACAGAAAAUGUUGUGGCCGAAAUGUCCAGACAGAGAGACACAGAACAGAUAAACGAAGAAAUAAGUAUGGAAACUCCAGAAAAGGAAGAAGUGGAGGACUUAACGGACGAGACCGCGGACACCCGAAAUGAGAGUGAGGACGUGUCAACAGAAAAGGAGGAAAAGCAUGAGGUGACAAUGGAAAAUGUUGAAGGACCAAGACAAGAUAAAAAUGGAAAGUUGUCAGAAGGCUCCAAAGAACUUAUUAUGGAGGAUGAUAAAGAAUGGGUGGGAAAAGAGGUAGAGUUGGGCGAAGAUGAGUUGUUCAGAGAACAGAAAGGUUUGAAUGAGGAAACGUUAGAAGAGGUGUUAUGUUUGCAGUCGGUUGAUAAUUGUCCUUUAGCCGAACAAGACAACGAGAAGGAGGAGAAACUGUCAGAUGUACCUGAAGUCGUUCAAAAUGUACCGAACCACCAGGCAAAACGUCUCACUAAGAAAGCGGUGACUGACAUAGACUCCUGGGUAGAUUCUCUCAUGAAGGCACGUACAGUUCCCGAUUUGACCUUCACACCGAGACAAGGCCUUAGCCAAACUACACCCAGUAGCAAUGCAGAGCCCUCUAUGGGCCAAGCAUAUGCGUCAUCUCCAAACAGAGGAACAACUGUCCUCUCUCAUUCAUUUUCCCUCAGCACAAGAUUUAACACAGUGGUCAGUGACGGGAGUGAGUCAGGGGUCAGUCAGGGGUCAACCCAAAACCCAUCGUCAUUAGGGGAGGAUCAGGAGACCCUCAGCAACCGUACGAGCCCUCCACCCCCUGAGAAAGUGGAGGAUGCUGCCAGCAGCAUCUUGGCAUGGUUGAGGAUGUUCAUCUCUCUCAGUAGCGUAACCAGAGCACUAGUCUAUGCCCUUUUGGUAGCAGUGUUUCUCUUUACCACUCUUGUGUAUAAUUUCCCAGCGUGCUUUGCUCUCUACUUGUUCUCACUGUAUUGGUGGUGCUGUGUGGCAGAUAGGCAACGCGUGACAGGGACUGACAGAAUAGAUUGAGAGAGGUGAAGUGUUUGUGUGUAAAGAAUUAUAAUAUUGUGCGUGUGCGCACGUGUGUGUAUGAUUUGGGUAACACUUUACAUGAAGUUACUCUUAUACCUGUAACUACUACUGUAGCAACAUUGUUGUUAUUGUGCAUGGUACUUCAGUAUUAGCUAUUGCAGCUAUAAUGCAUUUGUUAAUACAAUGUUGUUACUGGUGUAAUGACAGUGUUACUACAGAGGUAUGAGAGCAACUCAAUAUAAAGAGCUGCCAUGAUUUUUAAAAAGUUUGUUGCAGUGUUUUAUGGGCCCAAUAUCAAAAGUGAAAAUGUACCAAAGUUAUUAAAGGAGAACGAAAUCCAUUAUUCCAAUGUAGGACAAAAGGGGAUAGCUAAACCGCGUGGGGCAUUGGAGAUUUGAAAGUGAAGUGUCUUUAUUUCUUUUUCCGUUUUUCUUUCCUCAACAAUGAUAACAUAUUCAACAGAAAGCUUUCCAGAUUUCCCCAGGUCUUAUACGCUGACUAAAGAUGGUCUUGCAUAGUCAUUGCUGCACUGUAGUUCAAAUGUUUUAACUUAGACUAGCUGAUAUGAUAUGGUCGUCAUAUCGCACCUCUGUAAUGAACUUGAAAUGUAUAAGUCACACAUCCAUGUUGGCCGCAGUUGAUUGGUGCUGGAGCAUGUGUUAGGCAGACGUAUGAGAUUACAAUAUCUCUGUGAUCCUGGGAGAUCACUUACUGGCCCCCCAUCUGACCUAUCUCUCUCAGACAUGUAGCCUACAGAUAGUAAGGUCAAAUGGACUGCACUUUUUCAUCACUUAAUCAUUGUAAGGAUUGGAGAUGAGGAUGAUGAUGAUGAUGAUAAAAUCAAGUUGUGUGAUUUUGUGACUUUGUCUUUCCAUUAAAAGUCCUGUACUUGA